AACCUCUUGGUUGGAAGUGGAGGUUGCUUACCAUCAGAGCAACCCCUCUUGUCUAAGCUAAAGUAGAAUAAAAAUAAUUGUUGCAGCCAUAUUGAAAGGGACUAGAAAAGAGUGAGUCAUAUAAUUUUUCUUUUUUAUUGAAUUGAUGAAAAUAGCAGACAAGUUCAUUUAAUUGGAUUAUGAGUAUUUUGUUGUUAUUCCACAAAUAUGACAUUUUUUUCCAAGUGAUUGUCAAAGAGUUAGAAGGCAAUGGCAUGUGAUAUUUCAUGUCAUGUUAUCUUUCUUUCUCUUGUGGUAUUUCUGUUGCUUAUUCCUAUCUGGCAUUUUUUGUCACCUCACCUCUAAACCAGGUGGUCCUGGACUAAAUCAUCAAAUUUAUCUAUUCUUGUGGAUGUUAUUUUAAGGGUGUUUUUUUCUGCUCCAAAUAAGAAACAGUAGGGCCUAGUGUUGUUCAACAAAAUUUUUCUGGUCUGAAUACUUUGACAAUAACAGAGUAGGCAAAACCAUGUGAAACUUCAUGUGCCAUUGUCUCUCACCAGUAGCCACCAAUUUCUCUUAACCACUAAACUUUUGGAUAUGAAACUUGUCAUAAACUUGUAUAUAAUCAGACCCAAAGCAUUUGAGCAAAACACAAGUACCCUGACAUUCAAAAAACUUUCAUUUUUGUGCAAUUCUCAAAGUUCUUGUCCUUUAUUUUCCUUCAUUUUUUACAGUUACAUCAUAUUCCUUGAGACAAUGGGUAUCAAAGUGACUCCAUUUAUUCAGGCUACUCGAACCCUAAGGAGGUCUUCAACAACUGGAGGUGUUCCAAAAGGGCAUUGCGCAGUAUAUGUAGGAGAGAGCCAGAAGAAGCGAUUCGUCGUACCAAUAUCAUACCUGAGCCAGCCUUUAUUUCAAGACUUGUUAGCUCAAGCUGAGGAAGAGUUUGGAUUUGAUCAUUCAAUGGGCGGUCUCACAAUACCUUGCAAAGAGGAUAUGUUCGUUGAUCUCACCUCCCGCUUGAGGAGAUUAUGAGUAGGACCAUGGUGCAAAUUCUUCUGCCCAUGAAAUUUUGUAAAGCAAUAGCUUUAGAAAAGAGAAAGAUGAGAGAUAGUAGAGAUGUCACUUCCAUUUAAGUGGGACUUGACAAUGAGGGAAACAAUUCCUUGUUUUUGCUUAACCAUUUUGUAUAGUAGUAGUAGAAAACAAGGAUUUUCGGCUUGUAAAGUUAGUUAAAAUGACUAACCUCCUGUCAAAUGAAUAUAGCCAAUUUUUAUUCAAGCAAAUUUUUUUAA